AUGAGCUGCGUCGAUGAUGCUGAGAACGUCUCGCUGGCGCCCAAGGCCGCGAAGGGCGGCAAGGCGGGCAAGAUCCUCGGCGAGAAGGCGAACACGAUGAAGAAAGGGAAGACCAUCGAGGAGACGUACCAGAAGAAGACGCAGCUCGAGCACAUCCUGCUGCGUCCCGACACCUACAUCGGCUCCACGGAGAAGCAGCAGAUGCACCUGUGGGUGCACGACGGGGAGCGCAUGGUGCAGCGCAACGUGUCGUUCGCGCCGGGCCUGUACAAGAUCUUCGACGAGAUCCUCGUGAACGCGGCCGACAACAAGGUGCGCGACGCGAAGAUGGACAUGGUGCGCGUGGACGUGGACCCCGCUGCGGGCACGGUGCGCGUGUUCAACAACGGCGCCGGCGUGCCGGUGGAGGUGCACAAGGAGGAGGGCGUGUACGUGCCGGAGCUCAUCUUCGGGCACCUGCUCACGUCGUCGAACUACAACGACAGCGAGAAGAAGAUCACCGGCGGCCGCAACGGCUACGGCGCGAAGCUCGCGAACAUCUUCUCGAAGGAGUUCGUCAUCGAGACGUGCGACGGCACCCGGAAGCGCCGCUACCGCCAGACGUUCCGCGACAACAUGGCCGUGAAGUCGGAGCCGGAGAUCACGCCGUGCUCGUCCAAGGACAACUGGACGUGCAUCACGUUCAAGCCGGACCUGGCCAAGUUCGGGAUGACGCACCUCGAGGACGACGUGGUGGACCUGAUGCGCAAGCGGACCUACGACCUCGCGGGCGUCCUCGGGAAGGGCGUGGCGGUGUACUACGACGGGCAGAAGGUGCCCGUGCGGACGUUCCAGGACUACGUGGACCUGUACCUGGGCAAGCAGAACGGCGUGCCGCGCGUGUACGAGCGCGUGAGCGACCGCUGGGAGGUGUGCGUGUCGCUGUCGGAGGGGCAGUUCAGCCAGGUGUCCUUCUGCAACAGCAUCGCGACGACCAAGGGCGGGACGCACGUGGCGCACGUGGUGGACCAGAUCACGGGCAAGCUGCUCGAGGCGAUCAAGAAGAAGCACAAGACCGCGGUGCGCAACCUGAAGCCCUUCCAGAUCAAGAACCAUCUCUGGGUCUUCAUCAACGCCCAGGUCGAGAACCCGGCCUUCGACAGCCAGACGAAGGAGAACCUGACGCUCAAGCAGUCCGCGUUCGGGUCCACCUGCGAGCUCUCCGACAAGUUCAUGAAGAAGGUCGCGGACUGCGGCGUGGUGGACAGCGUGAUGCAGUGGCACUCGUUCAAGCAGCAGAAGGAGCUGAAGAAGCAGGACGGCGCCAAGCGGCAGCGGCUGACGGGCGUGCCCAAGCUGGACGACGCGAACGACGCCGGCGGCCGCAACUCGGAGCACUGCACGCUCAUCCUGACGGAGGGUGACUCGGCCAAGUCGCUCGCGGUGUCGGGGCUGUCCGUCGUCGGGCGCGACCGCUACGGCGUCUUCCCCCUGCGCGGCAAGCUGCUCAACGUCCGCGACGCCAGCCACACGCAGAUCAUGAACAACGCCGAGCUCAAGAGCCUCAACCUCAUCCUCGGACUCCAGCACGGCAAGAAGUACGAGACGGCCAAGUCGCUGCGGUACGGGCACAUCAUGAUCAUGACGGACCAGGACCACGACGGGUCGCACAUCAAGGGCCUGAUCAUGAACUACCUGCACCACUUCUUCCCGAGCCUCCUGCUCGUGCCCGGGUUCCUCCUCGAGUUCGUCACGCCGAUCGUCAAGGUCUCCAAGGGCAAGAAGGCGGUGGUGUUCUACACGCUCCCGGAGUACGAGGCGUGGAAGGAGUCGCUGGGCGGGGACCUGCGCGGGUGGUCGAUCAAGUACUACAAGGGUCUCGGUACCUCGACGGCGAAGGAGGCCAAGGAGUACUUCGCCAACCUGGACGAGCACGUGAAGGAGUUUGUGUGGGGCGGCGCGGGCGACGGCGACGCGCUCGACAUGGCCUUCUCGAAGAAGCGCGUCGAGGAGCGCAAGACGUGGCUCAACGCGCACGUCGCGGGGACGUUCCUGGACCACACGGCCGCGCGGAUCAGCUACACCGACUUUGUGCACAAGGAGCUGGUGCUCUUCUCGCGCGCGGACCUCGAGCGGUCGAUCCCGUCGAUGCUCGACGGGUUCAAGCCCGGGCAGCGCAAGAUCAUGUACGCGUGCUUCAAGCGCAACCUGCGCGCCGACAUCAAGGUCGCGCAGCUGUCGGGGUACGUGGCGGAGCACUCGGCCUACCACCACGGCGAGGCCUCGCUCGCGUCGACCAUCAUCGGCCUCGCGCAGGACUUCGUCGGCUCCAACAACGUCCACCUCCUGGAGCCCUCGGGCCAGUUCGGCACGCGGCUGCAGGGCGGCAAGGACGCCGCGUCGCCGCGUUACAUCUUCACGCGGCUCGCCGGCGCCGCGCGGCACCUGUUCAACGAGGGCGACGACCGCCUGCUGCCCUCGCAGACCGAGGAGGGCCAGCCCAUCGAGCCGCGCUGGUUCCUGCCGAUCCUGCCCACGGUGCUGGUGAACGGCGCCGAGGGCAUCGGCACGGGCUGGUCGACGUCGGUGCCGAACUACAACCCGCGCGACGUGGCCGCGAACCUCCUCCGGCUCAUGGACGGCGAGGAGCUCGAGCCGAUGGAGCCGUGGUACCGCGGGUUCCGCGGGACGAUCGAGCGGCUGGAGAAGAAGCGCGUGGGCAAGAGCGGGGAGGGCGACAGCUUCGCGGUGCACGGCGUGAUCGCGGAGAUCGACGACAACACGCUCGAGAUCACGGAGCUGCCGCUGCGCAAGUGGACGCAGGACUACAAGGACUUCCUCGAGACGCUGGUCAAGCCCGAGGGCAAGGACGAGCGCCCCAGCAUCCUCGACUACAAGGAGUACCACACGGACCGGUCGGUGCGGUUCGUGGUGUACCUCUCCGACGACCAGAUGGCCGAGGCGCGCGCGGUGGGGCACCACAAGAAGUUCAAGCUCUCCACGUCGAUCGGAACCACCAACAUGAUGCUCUUCGACCGGGAGGGCGUGAUCAAGCGGUACGCGUCGCCGGAGGACGUGCUCGAGGACUUCUACCCGCUGCGGCUCGAGUACUACGAGCGCCGCCGCCGCGGGCUGCUCAACGCGGCCGAGGCGGAGAUGCGGCGCCUCGACAACCGCGUGCGCUUCAUCCUGGCGGUCGUCGCGGGGCGGCUGCGCAUCGCGAACCGCGCGAAGACGGACGUGGAGGCGGACCUGACCGAGAUGGGCUUCGACCGCCUCCCGCCCAAGGGCCGCGCCGCCGCGGACGAGUACGGCGCGGCCGCGGACCCUGAGUCGGCGGGGGCGUCCUUCGACUACCUGCUGUCGAUGCCGCUGUGGAGCCUGACGCUCGAGCGCGUCGAGCAGCUCCAGAGCGAGGCGCGUAAGCAGGAGGACGAGGUCACGCGGCUCCGCGCGACCACCGCCAAGGACCUGUGGCGGUCGGACCUGACGGCGUUCCUGGCGCACCUGGACGAGGUGGACGCCGCGGACGAGGAGGCCCGCGAGGACCUCGAGCGCUGCCGCCGCGUCGCCGCGCGCAACCAGGCCGCGGGCAAGGGCCGCGCGAAGGCCCCCGCGCGCAGGAAGCCCGCGCGCGUCGUCGGCGGCGACAGCGACGACGACAUGUGCGACUCGGACGAGUCGGACUACGAGGCCAGGCCGAAGAAGGCCGCGAGCAAGGCCGCGCCGGCGCCCAAGGCCGCACCGGCGCCGCCCGCCGGCCGCGUGAUCCCGCCCCCGAAGCCCGCGCCCGCCAAGGCGCCCAGCGAGCCCAAGGCCGCGGCGACCAAGGCUGCCGCGCCCAAGGCGGCGGCGGCGGCGAAGCCCGCGGCGAAGCCUGCCGCGAAGCCGAGGAAGAAGGCCGUGGCGAUGUCGGAGAGCGACGCGUCGGACGCGUCGGAGAGCGACUUCGAGUCGGACGACUCCGAGGCGGCACCGGUGCGCAAGCCCGCCGCCAAGGCCGCUGCGAAGCCCCGCGCGGCGCCGAAGGCCAAGGCGGCGCCGAAGGCGAUCGCGGUGUCCGACAGCGAGGACGACGAAGCGGGCGGGCUGAUGUCCCGGCUGGCGGGGCGCGUGGCGGACAUGAGUGUGGGUCCCAAGACGAAGAAGCCCGCCCCCGCCGCCAAGAAGCCCGCGCCGCGGCGCGCGGCGGCGAAGAAGCUGCAGGUCUACGACGACACGGACUCCGAGGACGACGCGGUCGAGCUCACGUCGGACUCGGACGCGAGCUUCAGCGCCGACGACGACGACGACCCGUUCACGCCCGCGCCGAAGAAGCAGGCCGCGAAGCGCAAGCCGGCGGCCAAGGCCGCGGCGGGCGGCAAGAAGGCCGCGGCUUCCGCGGCGGGGUACGUGCACGACCCCGAGACGCCGAGCGUGGCGCCGCGGGCAAAGAUGAUGCGCAUGAAGUCCCCCGCUGACGUGGCGGCGCCCGCGGCCAAGGCGAAGAAGGCGGGCGCGGCGGCGAAGAAGCCCGCGGCGGCGAAGGGCAAGAAGAAGGUCGAGUCUGAGGAGGAGUCGGGCGCCGAGGAGGAGCCUGUGGAGGCCCCGGUGGCGGCGGCACGGCCGGGGCGGCGCGCGGCCGCGUCGCGCGCGCGGCAGGCGGUCAUCGACAUCUCGUCGGACAGCGAGGACGAGGACGCGUCGGACACCGACGUGUCGGACUUCAGCGAGGAGGACUAG